AUGCUUGUCGCUGCCUAUCCCUUACCGACUAUCCUCCCUCUUCAGGCUCUACCUCCCCGAGCCAUACCACUAGAGAGAGGACCUUUGCCACGCAAAGGCAUGGACACUGGGUAUGGCGGCAUCGAUAGCCAGACACCCCCAGAGGUUCCAAUUCCUCGACAACACCCUCAAGACCCUCGUUCACACCCCCACACCACCCUGCACCAUCCAACCCCCCUCCCCAUCCAGCUGUUCAUUUCGCUCUGCUCUUUUUACAUUUUCUUCUGCAGCUCGGCUACUCGCUCGCUCAGCCACUUGUCUAUCCUCCUCCUCGCCCCUCCUCCCCUCCUCCUACCUCCUCCAGCUUCACCCACGACCGCCUCAACCAUCCCGCGAACCCAGCACUCUCCGCCGCAUGCCACGCCCGGAGACUGUGGGCUAGCCCCGUGA